UCCGAGUAUAGGCUAGGACAUUUACUGUAUGGUAGUCUAAAAAUGAUCAAUCAUCAAUGUGCUAAGUAUGUGUAGAAGAGCAUCAUACACAAGCAUGGACUUUACCUAUACAUAGAUACAACACAGAAUAUGCUAAUACAGUAUGAUAUUCCAGGUUCGGUACAUGUUAAGCUCAAUUGACAGCACUUGUGGCAUAAUAUUGAUUACCAAAAUAAAUUAUUCUGACUUGCCCAUCCUUUUCUUAGAAAAAAAGGUGCAAAAAUCAGGGUUACAGUGAGGCACUUACAAUGGAAGUGAAUGGGGGCCAAUGCAUAAACGUUAAAAUACACACAGUUUCAAAAGUAUAGCCACAAGAUACAGUCUAAACAAUGUGUGUUAACAUGAUUUUAGUGUGAUAAAAUCACUUACUAACAUUUUUUGUGUAAACUUAAAGCCAAUUUUACAAUUUCAUUACCAUGACGAUGUAGUCAGCAAACCCUACAAUACUGAAAUGACUAAAAAAAUAUAAUUACAUCUCAAAUAAUACAUGAGUUUCAACAGAAGGGUUAAUGUAAGUGCUUUUAUAUAUUUAUAAGCUUCACAUUUCUGCCUUUAAACCCUCCAAAAAUUGGCCCCAUUGACUUACAUUGUAAAUGCCUCACAGUAACCUCCACUUUUGCUUUUUUAAAGAAACAAGGGACAAGUCGAAAUUAUUUUUGUGGUAGUCAACAUUACACCACAAAUGUUUAACUUGCUUAACUUGAAUUGAACUCGGCAUAUUCCUUUAACUGUUUACCAAAAAAAUAAAAAAAUGCACCUUGAGAGCAAAUACAAGAGUGAAAACAAAUGAGAAACUAAGCAUCUUGGAAAGUUUAGUUUUUGUUUUGUUUUUUCCUUCUCCCCCUUUUGGCUUGGCCAAUUCCCAAUGCGCGCUUAGUCCUCGUGGUGGCGUAGUGACUCGCCUCAAUCUGGGUGGCGGAGGACGAAUCUCAGUUGCAUCCGCGUCUGAGACCGUCAAUCCGCGCAUCUGAUCACGUGGCUUGUUGAGCACGUUACCGCGGAGACAUAGUGCGUGUGGAGGCUUCACGCUAUUCUCCGCGGCAUCCACGCACAACUCACUACAUGCCCCACCGAAAGCGAGAACCACAUUAUAGCGACCACGAGGAGGUUACCCCAUGUGACUCUACCCUCCCUAGCAACAGGUCCAAUUUGGUUGCUCAGGAGACCUGGCUGGAUUCAAACUCGCUACUCCAGGUGUGUUGAGUGAGGUUAAGAUAGUUUUGUAUUUGACAUUCAGAGAUAAACAGCGAUAAAUCUUAAACGGCUUAUUACAUUCUUUCCACACAGUAUUAGGCUACUGUAAAACGUGGAAAGUUUACGUUUACUCCAUCUGCUUGAAAGCUUCACUUUAUUUAGUUGACCAGCUACUGGAAGCUUCUAAAAACAACCAGCCCAAUUUAACUGAUACACUUGUGUAAAAUCACAAUGCAUCAACUGCUCUAUGCAGCACAAUGAGCUAGUAGCUAACAGCUAGCGUUCGUGUUAUUGUUUAUGGUCAGUAAUGUUUAUGUUGUGUUUAAGAUGAUGUCACAGCAGUAGUGGUAGAGCAAUGACGAUCAUCCUAUAAUCCCACUCACAUUGAGGCGGAACUAAACUGCAGUGGAAAAGAAAGCUCAUAAAAGUAAAGCGAAUAGAGUCGAGUCAAACCGAACCGUAACGUGCAGUGGAAAAGUGCCAAUAGAGAAACGAAACCAGCUUCAAAAUGAACCUUGUUUUUGUAGUUUUGGACAUGCAGUUCCCUAUUCAACCACUAGGGGUAAAAUGAUUUGGUUUCGUGUCUCUAUGUCCUUCAACAAAAAUAGCUAUUACAAAAAGAAGGUGUCUCUUGGACAUGCAGUUUACACACCAAGCUAUUACAAAAGAAAUGAAAAGAAGUCGGAUUGCACUUUCUCAACGGUCCGUUAUUUUUAGCUACGAAAAGAGGAACUCUUGCCGGUGCUCAUAAUAUCGAUUGAAAAUAAUUAAAACAAGCUCGUGGAAUAUUCUUAGCUUUCCACGUUUCACGACUGCGGACUGUGCCAGAACAAAAUGCAAGCUUUUCUCCUUGGUGUUGCUCUUCUUGAUAUCGUUCUUGGUGCAGAAGAACAUGCAUAUCAGCAGUUCAUUGAGUGUGCAUUCAACAGUGAAGCGCAAGAUGAACAAUUAUGGAGCUAUGGAUAUGACGGCAAAGACAUCAUGCAUGUGGAUUUGGAGAAGGAAGCUGUGGUUGCUACCAGUGAACAUGGCCAGCGUUUAGCAGAGGCGAGAAAAAGCAAAGAAUACAUUAAGAGAAAAGAGGAAAAACUACAGAAGGUGUGCUCUGCUGUAAAAACUGUCUUCUUUGCAUCCAACAACUCUCUCUCCAAGGCAGCAAAACCAGCUGUGUAUGUUUCUUCCGGAGGAGAAAAAAAACAGGAAUAUCUUAAAUGUGUUGUGCAUGGCUUCUAUCCAAACACCAUUCGAGUACAAUGGACCCAUAAUGGAAGAUCCAUCUUUUAUGGUGUAUCAACUACUGGAAUACUGCCUCUUAUAGAUGGCACAUUCCAGAUGACCUCCUUUCUUAGUCUUGAUAAGGUCAGUGCCCACGAUGUUACCUGUGAGAUUGAACACUCAAGCAUCAAUGGGAAAUUAAGGAAAACCUAUGCGGAGAAAUCAUCUUUGUCACAAAUCCCAGAACCUUUUCUGGCAGUGCUUACCUUUCUUCUUGGGUUUGUUUUACCAGUGGUCCCAACUGUAAUAAUUAUAUGUAAAAGGCAACGAACAAGAAAGCCAACCGAGGAUAAGAUUAAAGACACAGCAAGUGACAAGUCAGAAGCAUCUCUAUCAAUGAAUUUAAUGAACAUAUCACAGGAAUCAUAAAAGAUUUGAGGCUAAUCUUUAUUUAUUAUACUUCUUCAUGCUUAUGUAAUGGUAGCCAGCUGGUAGGUAGCUGUGCAGUGUGUAAACUUCAGUCUUUAGCCUCCUCGUUAGCGUGCCCGCCUCCCAGGACUGGACUGUUUACAGUGGUGCUGUGACCCAGAUGGGAGUGAGGUUUAGGGGAGUGUGUAUAACGGUAGCCACCUGGAAGGUAGCUGUGCAGUUUGUAAACCUCACUCCCCUGGCCUCAAGAGGCACACUAGUGACUGAUGCUAAACACUGUGGCUUUUAGCCUCCUUGUUAGCGCACCCACCUCCCAUGCUGGAGACCCCGGUUCGAAUCCCGCUCAGAGGGGGAUGAGCAGGACAAGUGUAUAUGCAAGUGUUUUUUUUAUCCUGCUUAAUAAAAAGCUUGAUGAGUAGAAAUUAUAAAUGUAGCAGAACCUUUUGUAGAGAUACUUUGUAUUAUAGUCUUGUCUAAUACACACUGUAUUUAAAGUGUACUAAAUGUUAAUACUUGUAUUUAAGAUCAAUUAACAUAAUUUGCAACCAUUUACACACAAUAAACUGGUUGCUGCUAUAGUAAGCUGGAAUUGCUCUUGGAAUGUGAGUUAUUCCAGAAACACUUUUCCCUCCUUGUUAAAUAUUUCUUUAAUUUUCACACUUGUUUAAAGUAGCAUGACAAUUCACAAAAUACUGUAUGAUUAAGCAAUAUCACAUGCGCAAGAGUGCGAUAUGGCCCUACAUCAGCACUGCUGUGAUUCACUUCAGAAAUAGUAUCACGGCUUGUGCUGUUUCGAAAGUUAUUGGAUAAACAAGGAUGGAUGUGUGUGUGUG